AUGACCCUGGCGCAGGCUGGUGACCCAGAGUCGCAGGAACUGGAGAAGCGGGAUUGGUCACUCUUCUUUUCGGAGAAGCUGGAUUCAGGAGGCACGGGCCACUCUGGAAACUUCUCUGCCGCGCACCACCGUGCUGCUCACCAGUAUGAGUUUAGAGCCGCGGAAGAGACGCGCAGCGGAGCGGUAGGAUCUUCACAAGAAGGAUCCGAUCUUCCUGAUGCCAGCAGCAGAUCGCUGAGUUCCAGCGAUUGUUUCAACGGGCCGAAUUGCUACGAGCCCCACUUCGAAGUCCUGGAGGCCUCCGGCUCGUCACCGAGCGCGCGUGCUGGGAUGCGGGUGGCGUUGCACAACUCCUCGGGCGCGAUGUUUGUUUUUGGCGGCACCACCUCCGACGACUUUCUCAAUGAUAUGUAUGUCUACAAGCUGCUGGAGCACACGUGGGUCCUCUGUCGUACGAACGGAGACCCGCCUCCACAGGUGCUGCACCCCACGAUUGCCCUUUGGGAGGCGGAGUAUACGCUCUUUUUGUUUGGAGGCGUGGACGCCCUCGGUGAUACGCCAGGUCCUGGUGGACUUUGUAUAGCUACACUGUCAGUGACGACACCAUCGUGA